UCAAGGGAGGGAAUAGAAAUUUGCACCACCGAAACCAUUUUCCUCUCAGCAAAAAUGGCUUCCUCCUCCAUGGCCACGCUCUCGAGGACGCUUUCUCGCUCUCUGCAAGCAAAGUCCCGGACUUUACUCUCCAUGCGCUUCUACACCACCGGCGCCUCCUCCUCCAGCAGCGACAGCUCCGACUCGGACGAGUCCAACCCCCUCAACUCGGAGGCAGAGUCAGCCCCGGGCGACGCCCCCCCACAGCCGCCUCCGUCCGAGGAACCCAGUCGGAGAAACUUCAUGUAUGAUAACCCGCUCGAGAACGGCCUCGACGCCGGCAUUUAUAAGGCGAUUCUGGUCGGGCAGGUGGGGCAGAGUCCGUUGCAGAAGAAGCUGAGGAGCGGGACCACCGUCACCAUGUUUUCGGUUGGAACCGGCGGGAUUCGAAACAACCGGCGGCCGUUGGAUAAUGAGGACCCGGUGGAGUAUGCGAACCGCUGCAACGUCCAGUGGCACCGGGUUUGCGUUUAUCCGGACCGGCUUAGCAUGAUUGCCAUGAAGAAUGUUGUGCCUGGUUCGAUUCUAUAUUUGGAAGGUAAUCUGGAGACCAAAAUCUUCACUGAUCCGGUUAGUGGUCUUGUUCGACGAGUUAGAGAGAUUGCUGUUCGCAGAAACGGUCGGCUUGUGUUUUUGGGUAAAGGUGAUGGUGCCGAGCAAUCACCAAAAUGGGGGCUCAAACGUGUUGGCUACUACUAAAAAGCUUUGUUUCAACUUUUAAGCUGUAAGAUUUGUUCGACGAAAGUCCAAUUUUUUUCCCUUGUAAGUAACGUUCUGUUGCAUAUCGAGUGGUUGAGAUUGAGACUCAGGAGAAGGAAAGAUCAAUGCUGAUUGAGUUUUCUUGUUCCAAACAAAGCCGUUACACUUCUAAAUCCGAGUCAACAGUUGUCUCUCUUUUUAA